AUGUGCUCUAUGUUUGAGAAAGCCUCUUCCUUCAACCAGCCCAUCGGUUCCUGGAACACUUCGGCGGUUACCGACAUGAGCUCUAUGUUUUGUUAUGCCAAGGCUUUCAACCAGCCCAUCGAUUCCUGGGACACGUCGGCGGUGAUUUACAUGAGCUACAUGUUUCAGCAUGCCAGUGCCUUCAAUCAGCCCAUCCAUUCCUGGGACACUUCGUCGGUAACCGACAUGUACUCUAUGUUUGAGAAAGCCUCUUCCUUCAACCAGCCCAUCGGUUCCUGGAACACUUGGGCGGUUACCGACAUGAGCUGCAUGUUUCAAGGCUACAAGUUUCGGCAUGCCAGUGCCUUCAAUCAGCCCAUCGGUUCCUGGAACACUUCGGCGGUUACCGACAUGAGCUCUAUGUUUUGUUAUGCCAAAGCUUUCAACCAGCCCAUCGAUUCCUGGGACACGUCGGGGGUGAUUUACAUGAGCUACAUGUUUCAUGCCAGUGCCUACAAUCAGCCCAUCCAUUCCUGGGACACUUCGUCGGUAACCGACAUGUGCUCUAUGUUUGAGAAAGCCUCUUCCUUCAACCAGCCCAUCGGUUCCUGGAACACUUCGGCGGUUACCGACAUGAGCUCUAUGUUUUGUUUUGCCAAAGCUUUCAACCAGCCCAUCGAUUCCUGGGACACGUCGGCGGUUACCGACAUGAGCUACAUGUUUCAGCAUGCCCGUGCCUUCAAUCAGCCCAUCCAUUCCUGGGACACUUCGUCGGUAACCGACAUGCGCUACAUGUUCAUGUAUGCCUAUGACUUCAAUCAGCCCAUCGGUUCCUGGAACACUUGGGCGGUGACCGACAUGAGCAGUAUGUUUCGAUAUGCCAGUGCCUUUAACCAAAUUCUUUGGCAGUGGAGUACUUCUCGUCUUGUGUUUAACGACGUCAUGUUCAAGGGUGCAGUUCUGUUUGAUUCUCCACCUUGCAAGCCCGGAAGCUUUCCUGCUUUCAACGGGCUUGGCUGCCAGCCCUGCCGAUCCGGGCAAGUUUCUGGGGAAGGCGCAGACGAGUGUGGAUUUUACGAUGUGGGCCUCGUGCCCAACUCAAACCGAAGCAGCUGUACGCCAUGCCCCCCGUCUUGGUACGCUCCACAUCAAGCAGAUGCCUGUGUGGCUUGCAGCUUCCCGAGCUUGGUUCAUGACGACGAUUGCAUGUGGUGGCACCUGCCCUUAGUUUCAGUCGGCACUGCGUGCUUGAUGGUGGCCGGCGGCGUUUUCAAUGCAUACAUGCGAGCGAAAAGGAGAGCGAGGAUUGACAAGGUCAAAAGCUCCCUGUACCAGGACCUGUGGAGUGAAGACGCCGACACAGUGCCGCAGUAUACUCAGGCGUUGACCAAGCUGGGCAUCAAAAUGACCGACAUCGAGAGCCACAUCGCAGAGGUGAGGGCUGCGCAGAGCAGAGUUGCGGGUGUCAGCAUGAGGUACCUUCUGUCGGAAGGCUUUGCUCAGCUGGCCAGGCAGCGAACUGGCCAGUCAGACCCCAGCUUCAUGGACAUGAAAAGUGGCUUUUGGCUUACCGACGAUGCAAUAGGACAAGACCUGCGCUGCCCACGUGACGGUCGCCUGGGCUGUGCAUUGGUUGACUGGAUUCCACGAACAGAACGUCAUGAACAGACACAUUUUAUGUCAUGGACAUGGCAGUACCGUUUAUCGCAGGUCACGAGUGCUCUGCGGAGCUACAGGCCAGAGGCGCCCCCGGAAGAGGUCUUCUUUUUCAUGUGUUUCUUCACGAACAACCAAUUCCGCAUCAUUGUCGAAGGGACCCAAGAGGGAAGCUCAGACCUGGAAGUCGUCUUCGAGACCAACCUGGUCCGGAUAGGAAGGAUGGUUGCAGUGCUCGACUCCUGGCAGGAGCCUGUCUAUCUGUCACGAGUCUGGACAGUGUAUGAACAGUUUGUCGCUUCCAAGCUGGAGAUCCCGGUGGUGUUCAUCAUGCCGGGAGAAGCCGCUUUGUCCUUACAGCAGACUGUCGAAGCUGGCAAGACAGGCAUCGAGGACAUCUGCAGGUCUCUACGCCACGUCGAUGCAGAACACGCCCGAGCCUGGAAGAAGGCAGACGAGGAGAAAGUGAAGGCAAUGAUUCGGCAUACAGUAGGCUUCGAGCGUGUGAACGAGCAUGUGACCCAAGUCAUGCUAAGCUGGGUCGGUGAGAGUGUGCAGCAGCACAUCCGAAAGCUCAUGGAUGCAGCCCAUCAGAGCCCUGACCUGAACCAAAAGGUGUUCGGCAUUUAG